AUGAUUUCAACAAUCGGCACAACAACAAUUCAAGCCACGAACGGCGGGACUCUGUCCACAACUACAGCACCAAACUCGCUAGUCAUGAAUCCUACGUCAAUGUUGGUAGAGAUGAAAAGCUUUAUUCCUUCUUCAUAUACUUUUGAAACAGAAAUCCAGAAGAUAAAGCAAGAACUUUUAACAAGUAAUUUAGACUGUAGUGCGAAAGAUGAAACAAAUGAACAGUAUCUUUAUGAAAUGGAGGACCUCAUCGACUAUUUGCCUAAACUACCUGAAAUUCAGCAGCAAAAACUAACUAUUCCUGAAUUCGACGAAAUUGAAGUCAAAGCAACUGACUCAGUAGAAAUUAAGAAAUUCAUACGUAAAGUAAAUUAUGAAUUCCUUGGUUUUCAUUGCAACCAUAAAGUUAUGGACAAAGAUUGCGACAUGGUUUAUAAAAAUAUUUCUGACCUUUACAAAUCCGAAGAAUUUAAGACAUACGAUAACUUUGUUUCAUUAGUUGCAAAAUGUGUAUGGCAGAUAAGAGAUAAAGAUAGAAGAGGUAAAGUAUGGAAUGAACAAAUAAGACCCGCUAUGUUUGAGAUGAAGAGAGCAAUUGACGCUUUAGUUAUUUUAGCUGGUAAUGUUUCAAUGUAUAACGCAAAAACGAUGCCGCAAUGUUCAAAAUGUAAAGCAGCAAUAAGAAAAUAUAACUACUCAGUCAAAGAGAUAGAAAGAAUGCGAAACGACUAUGCAGACUUAAAGAA